AUGGCCGCGCAGGACCAGAUGCCGGACUUCAUGAAAACCACGAAGGACCGCGUGUCGAGAAAUCCCUGGCAGUCAUGUCGCUGCCGGGACCGCGAUGCAUGGAAGCACCAUGAGGUCGCCUCCCUCCGAGCCUUCGGCCACCGGGACAAAAUGACGGCCGAGAGGCCGAUGGAAAAAAGCGCGUCUGCUCCGGGGCUGACCCAGGCCUCCCAGAGUCUGAGCUCCCACUCCUACUCUGCCGCCUGGGCGACUGCGGGCGCCUCGUCGAGUCGGGUCACCGGCCGACUGGCCUCCUCGCCGCCCACGGCCGAGGACCUGCCCCAGUGGCUGCUGAUUGCCGAGGGCCGGGCGAGGAUCCCGGCUCCGCCGCCCAAGAGCGACCUGAGCUUCCCUUUCAAACCCCAGGAGCCAGGGAAAGGAGGCCCGAAAGGGUAG